CGCCAAAAACCGCUCCUUCGGCACCAUCAUCAGGCUCAUCUUCGAAGCUUCAAAAUGAAACUGCCACGCAAUUACCGGGGCCGCCGCCAACAACAAUAAUUCUGAAUGGUUUCGCUUUUCAGCUUCCGACGCAACAUGUCCCCCGCCCAUUUUGGACGGACGCACUUUCAACCGGCGGAGGAAUUCGCGCGCCAACAUGUCACGACUUUAUUGUAGAAGUUUCACCCAGUGCGAUUCUUUUUUGGGGUUGAUUUUGCUUUCAUUGCUGGCCGAAGGCCGUUUGCGGUUUGGCUCUUGCAGAAGAAAGCUCAAACUUGACGUCCACAAAACGGAACGGAACCAGCUCACGAUCUUUGGCCGGGUUCAUGCGCGAUGGUACAAGCUGCCAAUCACGAUUGGCGCGCGCAUUGUUACGGGCAGGGUGAGUAAUGUGACUCAACUUGGCGCGACCCGUGCGAAGAAGUUCUACAUGAUCACGAGCAAGUUCGUCGCCUGGCGUGGCCCAGGUCUUUUCGGCAUAUUUUGGGGUUUAUGUUGUUUUUUCGGGAGUCGGGCACGCUGAAGUAAUGUUAUUAAGUUGUUUCGAAAUUGCUUUCAGGAAAUUGUCACCGAUCGUGAUCGUUGCCACUGUGGUGGCAGUUUUAUGCAGAUUUCGACGCAUGCAGUUGGAAUUGGUUAUAAAAGUGAGACCAUUUGAUGGUCAGCUUUCAGUUUCAGCGACGGUUUGAUUCGGGAAUGAACUAAAGUUGAUCGCGACGGAAAUGACUGGGAUACUGGUGAUCUUGUUUGGAUUGGUGAUCCAAAGUGCACUUGGGGAUGUGUUUGCCUCGAAGAGUAUUACCAGAGCGUUGGUACCUCCACGUCGGGAAAGUGAUUACAGGAGAGGAUAUCCUCCAACAACCUCUUUACCGGAAGUGAUAGUGAAUCGUGAUUUUGUUAGUACAACUGUGACUCCUCAAAGAGAUUCUCAAGGAUAUUUCUACGAUCCACCGAGUAAUGCAUACAUACCGCCGGAACAACCAUUUGCUGAUGAACCAGUUCCACCUCCAAACCUUGCUGACGAGUAUCCAUCGAUCGACAACCAAUACCUGCCACCAAACGAGGAUCUACCCCCACUAGGACCACCGAUCUUCUCCGAUCCUCCCACAAACGAGUACAUCCCACCUGCCCAACCACAACCUCCACAACGGGACGAGAUCGUGAUCGUUACGACGGAAGCCGGCUACCAGUACAAUCCACCAAGUUCUCCAGCUCCUCCGUUUGCCGACGAAGGAGUAUCGAACGACAACAACGGGUACAACUACGAUCCUCCAGCAAACGGAUACCUUCCUCCUACCGGACGAGCUCUGCGGGACGAAGUCCCGAACGGUCCUCGAACUCCAAUCCGACUUCAGUUGAACGAGCUAACCUGUCUACCGAAUGUCGGAGGGUUCUUCCGAUCCACGAUCACCAUCCAAAGCCCGAUUGAUAGUUCCCCCCUCGUUGACAUAGAAGACGAUAGCGAUCUUACCGGUUGUAACGUGCGCGUAGAUCAGACGCGAAUCACCGUCAACAUCGACGUCGCUGACUUUAGCAAGUGCGGUGUUCAGCAGUGUGGCCCCAGUGCUCGUGAACUCUGUCUAAGACUUCGGUUCCCCCAAAUCGGGGGCAUGCGAACGGUUACGGACGCCAUCUUGACGCUGCAGUGCAAGAUCCAGCAACGGGUCGUGGCGAGAACUCAUUCCGUCCGCGUAGGAAUCAGCAACGACGCUCAGACAAGAAGUGCCAGCGACACAGGAACAUUCGCCUACGGCGGAUCCCAGCGGCCCUUUCGUUCCCAGCUAGGUCUUUUUCGGAGAGGCCAGGGCAAUGGGAACCGAUUCACGCGAUCGCUCGAACCCGGCGGUGCCGUCAUGCUCGGCGAAGAGCUCCUGUUGCGAACCCAAGUCCGCAGUGGAGAUGGCUGGAACUACACCCGGCUGUCGGAUGUGGCGAUGCUGAGGCUGUCGGCGAGCGGGACGGUGCUGAACUCGGCCACCCUGGUGACCACCAACGGGUGCCUGAAUCCGUCGAUGAAGGCCGUCUGUCCGGCGGCGCCGGUGCUGGAGACGCCGCUAAGUUACCGGUUGGGACUACGGGCGGCCAUGUUUCAGGGGAUGCGUAGCGGAGACGAGAUGGUGCUGAGGGUGCGUGUGGUGGGGUGUGUCGACCGGCGGGAGUGCACGGUGGACAAUUGCGCAACCGUUCGAUCGAAACGUGAUGUCUCCGACAAUUCCUCCACCGAAACAACGACAUCAACGACCACCACGACCGCACCGCCAUCCCCGGAACACGAACUUCCCUCGGAAAUCACCUCGAUAUCGUUCCGAAUCAUGUUGCCAUCCGACGACGGUGACCUUCACCCGGUUGACUCGGCGCCCUCAUCAUCGCCGUCGGUUCUCACGCUCACCGCGGUGGCAAUUUCGCUGAUAGUGGUGACGGCCCUGCUCGUACUGCUGGCCUUCGGGAAACUGUAUCGAACCCGCAAGCAACAUCCGACCUACGACGAGUAUCGAUCGGAUUAGAGAGAUCGGUGGAGGAUGUGUUGAAAAGGGCGGAUCAGCAUUUUGCCAGCUGAAGUUUUCUCCAGUUGAUUCAUCAACUGUUAGUUAGUCAACUGCCAACAAUGCUAUUACACCCUUUUCAAACGUUACCCCAGAAAUGAAAGUGAACGCUUGACUAGAGUUCUGCCUGCGCGCAUGCCUUAGCUAUUAAGAUACCGGCCGGAUCAAACAGAUGUUCAGGGAACGAAUACUCGCUGAUGCACAAAUGUGCAACAAAAAAAAGUGUGCAACCACAAGUUCGUAAAAAGAAGUCGAGCCCCGUCGGUUAAAUAAGUUAUUAUAUUAUUUAUUGUCGCGUCGACUGGUUUGUGUCGUGCGGAUUCUACCGAAGAAAAAAAAACUAAGUCACUUGGGAAGCAACAGCAAAGAAAGAAAAAAAACUUGGAAGCUUAAUGAAAUCUCCUGAG